UUGGUGUCCUGAGAGCGCUGUGGAAGGCGAGAAAGAGUGGAAGUGGAAGGAGAUAGAGAAGAUUGUAGCUAACCGAUGGCCACUCCUAGCCUAGUACUCCUUCAGAUAGCAAAACACAUUGCGACUCAGACCAGCACAUACUUCUCCAGGCUUCUGUAAUAAAUCAUCAUUAGUCAAGAUGUCUUCAGCACCUGAGCCUCCAGCCGUGAAAAAGGAGCCACCCAAAGAGAAAGACUUCCGAAACCCUGGGCUCAGAGGGGUCCGGACGACAACUUUAUUUCGAGCUGUGAACCCGGAGCUCUUCAUUAAACCGAACAAACCGGUAAUGGCUUUCGGAUUGAUAACGCUUUCACUAUGCGUGGCUUAUAUUGGUUAUCUACAUGCAACACAAGAGAAUAAAAAGGACCUCUAUGAAGCUAUUGACAGUGAGGGACACAGCUAUAUGAGGAGGAAAACAUCUAAAUGGGAUUAAUAUUGCUGGUUACUAUUGAUGGAGCUAAAUAAAGGCUCUGGAAUCAUCAAAUGGUAGACUUUAUAAAUGCAUAAUAUCAUGUUUGUUGUACAGUUGCAAUCAAAUCACUAUAGUAAAAAUUUUCUUUUAAAGCUGCAGCCAUUAUCUUAUUCGUUUUCCACAGAAAACUCAAUAUAUUUUUAAAUUAAAUCCUCUUACAAAAGUA